AACACCACUUGGUGUUGGAUUUUGACACCAUUUUAAGAUUACUCUUUACACCACAGAUAUUUUAAACAGUGUAGAAAUUUGUUUAAAUUUUAUAGUCCGUGACAUUAUUUAUUUAGUGCUAUUGCUCAAUAUUUAUAUUAUUAUUUUUUAUUUUUAUUAAAAUCCUUCAAACAAAUGGAAAUGACGUUAAUGGCGAAGAAAUUUGUAGUUUUUCCAAACAAACAACUCUUAUCGAAAGCAUAAAAGCGAGUAAACUUUGCGGCAAUGGUCAAAUAACAAUAAAAUUUGAUUGUGACAAUUAUAUUUCAAUAUCGUUAGAUUGUUGGUGAAUAAAAAUGUUAUUCGCGCUUAUUUUGGCUUUUAUAAGUUUAUUUUUGGCGGUUAUUUAUAUUUAUCAAAUUUGGAAAAAAUUCAAUGAUUUUCGCGAAACCAUCAAUAAAAUACCUGGGCCUAAAACGGUGCCCAUUGUUGGAAAUGUACUUCAAUUUUUAGGACCUCAAGAGGUGAUAUUUAAAAAAAUCAGAAAAUUAUUCAAGGAAUACGAAAAAGAGAAAAUUCUUAGAACAUGGGUGGGACAUAUGGGCAUGGUUAAUAUUUUUAGCCCAGAAGACGUUGAACUAUUAAUAGCUUCGUCCAAAAACAAUACGAAAAGCGACAUCUACAAUCUACUACAUUGCUGGCUAGGAACAGGUCUACUGACGAGUGAAGGGAGCAAAUGGAAAAACCGCAGAAAGAUUUUGACCCCUUCUUUUCACUUUAAUAUACUACAAGAAUUUCUUCCAGUGUUUAUGGAACAAACAGAUGUUUUGAUUGAUACUUUUAAAAGGGAAACCGAUAAAAAUAUUGAUGUUGUUCCUUAUAUCACCCAGUUUACUUUACAUUCGAUUUGUGAAACUGCAAUGGGAAUUUCCCUAUUAGAAACCGAAAACCAAGAAGAAUAUAAACGUGCAGUCUACAAAAUGGGCGAAUUCGUUGUAUAUCGAUUGACAAGACCGUGGUUUUUUUUCGACGUAGGCUACGCUUUUACCUCUGGAUUCUGGAAGCAAAAAAGCACCGCUACAUAUCUACACAACUUUUCUUCAAGCGUUAUAGAACAACGAAAAAAUAAACUUAUGGAAAGAGCUCUGAAAAACAUAAUACCCAAUGGGAAGCAGUCGUAUGCCACAAGAAAAAAGUUGGCUAUGCUUGAUAUUUUGAUAUCAGCUAAGUUGCAAGGAGAACCACUCGAUGAUGAAGGCAUUAGGGAGGAAGUGGAUACUUUUAUGUUUGAAGGACACGACACCACAUCAAUGGCAAUCUGUUUCAAGUUAAUGUUAAUCGCCAACAACAAAGACGCACAAGACAAACUCCAUGAAGAAAUAGAAACCAUUUUUGGCACAUCAGAUCGGGGAAUCACGUUUGAAGACCUGCCAGAGCUAAAAUACCUGGAAAGAUGCAUCAAGGAGUCUCUUAGGUUAUAUCCAAGCGUGCCGAUGAUCUCCAGGAUAACAAACGGCGAUAUAGAAACCAAAGAUGGCUACCGAAUUCCAGCACAAACUUGCGUUAACGUUCACAUCUAUGAUUUGCACAGAAAUCCUGAUUAUUUCGAAGAUCCGGAAAAAUUCGAUCCGGAUAGGUUUUUACCGGAAAGGGCCCAGAAAAGACAUCCCUUUGUUUAUAUCCCUUUCAGUGCUGGACCCAGAAACUGCAUCGGGCAAAAAUUUGCAGUAAUGGAAUUAAAGACUGUAUUAAUUGGGAUAUUAAGAAAUUUCUAUUUGGAACCCAUUGAUACACCAGAUACAUUGGAACUGAUGACGGAUUUAGUUUUAAGACCUAAAAGGGGAAUAAAAAUUAAGUUUGUGGAAAAAAAUAAAACGUCAAUAUAAAAAUAAUUAUAGUAAUUUAAAUAUGUUAAUUAAGUUUUAGAUGUACAUAAUUAUAUAUAAUUUAUAGAUAAUGUCUUCAUGUACGCAUGAACUUUGCUUUAAUUAUAUUUAUAAAACCAAUAAAGUAUUUGUAUGUAUGUUAAAUAUAAUAAUAUAAUAA